CGGGAUGAGACGAACUCGGCAACUAAUAUUCAAUACUGACCAUGCGGCAUUUUUUACCGGUGCGCGCUGCUUUAGGGGACGAAGUUAUCUCAUGAGAUGCGCUUCACAGAAAUUCGGUCUUUUUUGUUUUUGUGAACAACUUACGGGUCACUAUGGCCCAGCAUACCCAAGGUAAAGAUGCCAUGACCAAAGCCACCUUUUACGAGGAGGCCAAGAAUUAUUGGGAGGAAAUCCCACCGACCGUGAACGGAAUGCUCGGUGGAUACGGAAACAUCUCCAGCACGGACGUGAGAGGGUCGAUCGAUUUUCUCAAGCCAAUGCUAAUGUGUGAAUGGAACGAGAGAGUUGGAUCAGAGAAGGCUCUUGAUUGUGGCGCUGGUAUCGGUCGUGUAUCCAAACACCUCUUACUACCUCUAUUCCAAUCAGUUGAUCUGGUUGAACAGGAGCAGAAAUUUCUGGAUGAGGCACCGGCCUUCCUUGGGGAAGCAUCGGCCAACGUUGGCAAGUACAUCUGCUGUGGGCUGCAGGACUUUGUACCUCAGCCCAAGCACUACGAUGUCAUCUGGUGCCAGUGGGUUUUGGGCCAUUUGACCGACGAACACCUCAUCAGUUUCUUCAAGAGAUGUAAGGAAGGCCUGAAAGAGGGCGCCGUCAUAUGCGUGAAGGAGAAUAUUUCCAGGGAAGGGGUUGUAUUUGACGAGCAGGACAGCAGCGUGACCCGCUCCUCCAAGGAACUCACUAAGAUCUUCCGCAAAGCAGGACUCAAGAUCAUGAAGGAAGAGACGCAGAGGAACUUUCCACUGGAGAUAUAUAUGGUCAAGAUGUUUGCGCUUAAAUAUAGAUGAAUGCAUCUGGUUAAGAACACAAGGGCUAAAACUUCACCACCCAAAAAAAUAAACUCCAAUUCUUCUUGUCCCUGAAUUGUAGUUCCAUUGUAGUGAAAAAUAGUUCCUUUCUAGAGUGAAAUAAACAUUUUUUUUUCAAAGAGAAAGAAAUGUCAUUACUUGUCUUGGUUAAUGCCAUAUUUUCCAGAUACAAGGCUUAAGUUUGAGAAAAAAUUAAUAUGGCAGACACUUCUUUUUAAGGAAAUGGAACCAACACAGAGCUUUCACAACUUAAGUUUCACAUUCAAAUUCUGUGAACAUAUCGUUUCUGAACUUGUUGAGAAAUGCAGUUAAAUAUUUUAUCCUAUUUAGCUGUAUUAUUUCUGAUUGAUGUGAAUUGCUGUGUACUCAAACCUCAUUAAAAAGGUGUCCAAAGUCUUAAUUUUUAAUCUUUAUAGAAGUGAACAUGUAUAUCAGAUGAAUCAGUGUAUUGUGUUAGAAAUCAUUUCACCAGAGGAACGUCAUGCUGUAAGUUGAAUGUGAUUUUUAUUUGCGAGAUUUUUUGUUCAAAAUGGACCCAAAGUCACGUGCUAAUAAAUUUGGCAUGAACAUAAUAAAAUGUGAGGUUAAAUUUGAAUAUAAAACAGCAA